ACCUGAUAGUAAAAGAAAGUUGUCGUGGACGUCAACGCAGUAUAAAAGUAUGCCAGUACUUGUUCGACGUAUCGAGUGAAAAGAAUUCGGAAAAUGAGUCGGACGGGACGGCAAUGGCCGAGAUGCUAGAUGUUCUGGUGGAAGAAGUUCUUACUGUUGUCGGUGGCCAUUCUACGGAUUGCAGGAAGGAGGGCGAUUGUGAGCCGAUAGUUGGAAUUAGCGCACUAGUAUGUGUAGCGUUGCGUAGCGGAAACAGCGGAAACAGCGGGGCGGCGGUGGCUGGUGCGAGGCUAGUGGGAGCGCUAUCAAGCUGUGGGGUGCGUCAUCCUGCCGCUAUACCCGCUGCGUUAUCUGCUGCUCUAGCCGCUCCACUAUCGCCACCUACAAUUGAAUUGAAGACAUUGCGAUUGGAGUCGUUGCGUGACGCAGAAACGCAAUGGCAAUGCUGUGAAGUUGUCUGUGGUUCUGGUAUUGCACCACCACAGUUUCUGGCUAACUUCACACUGGCUGCUGCCGAGAUUGUAUUAAGUAGUGGACGCGCUGAAACGAUGCUAUUGUGUGCGUGUGUACGUACGAUGGGGGCGUUAGUACGUACACACCGGGACAGUGUCGAUAAAAUAUUGCUGAAUGAAGUGAGUAAACGUAUAGCCGAGUUACGAGCACGUUGCUCCGUCCACUCCCGAAUCGAACGUGAAUUGCGUCGAGAAAUCCUCUUAUUCCUUGGGCAGUGUCCGCUCCAAACAUCAGAUGGACUUGUUCCUACUUCCCAAGUUCGUAUAGGCCCGGAAAAGCUUAACAUUGCAAGUGCGUUGGAGGCGGCUACCCAUACUCCAUCAUUGAAAGUGGAAAAAGCACAAGAGAUCGCGGAUUAUUUUUCCAAUUUCUUGCGCCAUCCGACACCAAUGGCUCCGCCUAUUUCUGUUUUAAUAUGGCUGGCUCGGUCUGGGGCGGAUUUGCUGCCAUUUGCCGCCAUAUUUCCUCAACGAGCUUUGCCUGAGCUUUUUCGGAGCGUAGAACGCGAGCGUAGUGCGGUGACGCGUAAAGCGCUGGCAGCGCUUGCGACCGCUGUACUCAAAACUCUACCGCCUGGGGAUCAAGAGAUGCAGCUGCGUUUUUUGCUUAAUUCUGACCAAGAAUCAACACUAGAGGGACGCUUGGAAAUUCUGUUAGCAGCAUCACAAGCAGUUCGCGAUGAUAGCGUCUCUCUACGUGCAGAAAUCCUAAAAGCACUUGCAGUCAAGGGUGGCUUACAUCUGGCUACAUCACCUGUGUCGUGUGUUCCACCUGCGGAUCUUAUUAGUUCCCUACUCUCCGGUCCAUUACCGCCUGGAUUCGCCCCAUUUAACGACCGCCUCGCUCUUGAAAGCAUCUCAUCGGAUUCAGAUCUGGUAGUGGAGGCAAUCGAUGAUAAUUGCAACUUUGGAAGGUUGCUGAACGUCCUAAAUGAGCUUAGAGGUUUGCCUGAGCUGAGUAGGCGGGUUUGUUUGACGCUGGAUAGGAAAGUGCCGAGAAAGUUGUUCGCGCUAGAAUGUCCGGCGCCGGACGUUGUGUUUCAGUUCAUCGCUUGGAAUGCAGAAGUUUUGAUGGAAAUAAAUGCUGAGGCAACAAUAGAAACAGUCUGUAAAUUAAUAGAAAGCGUGAAAAUUGAUGAAAUCCGAGCGAUACGAAAUCUCGCUGAAUGCGUUCAAAGACUAAGGCUAGAGAAUUCAGAUGUGAACAAAUUGUAUGUAGCAAGCGAGAAUUGGCUGAGGAAGCAGAAUUUGUGCGAAGUUGCGAGAGAACUUGGGAGAUAUGAGUUUAAGACUGAGCGGUGGGAGGUCGUUCAAGGCGUUCGUGGUAUGAUAAAGGCUACCGGAGUUAAGUCAGAUGUAGUGGGAGAAGAAGCGGUCAAUUGGGCCAAAGCGGUGCGGGAAAUUUACGACGCGGGUAUAGAACGUUAUGCCCCACACAAACCCUACUUGAUGGACGUUUUGUGCGUUGCUCUACCCGCAUUAAAUAUUCAAGAGUUUGAAGAAUUGUUUGAUGAUGACGUAAACUUCUGCAAAUGGGCAGUUCCGGCGUUAGUAUACCUCAUAGAGCAAAACAGAAAAACGCCAUUACCACUGAAGAAAUCCCAAAUCGCUGAGCUUCUACCGCUGUUUUGUAAAGCGCCAGUGGAAUUUUUGGAUCGAUUUUGGGCGGAUUUCGAAUCGAAUAGCACAUUUGAGGAGAAGAUUGAAUUGGCGUUAGUGAUAGGAGCUGGUGAAGCUUGUCUAUGGGCGGAGAGGAUUGUGCUAAAAGACACGCCCCCUCUUCAGAUGUUGCAGCUAUUGCCACUUCUGCAGUCUGAUAUGCGUCGCCGAGUGGCAUCUACUGCGCUGUCCUCUGCAGGUGUGACAGGUGCAGGAGGCGUGGCCUGUGCCAAAGAGGGCGUGGCCGUUGCAGCCGUCAGAGCGCUACUUGCUGCCACACCUAGCUUGGAACUCGUAGACAUUAUUGCUACACUCGCCGAUGAUGAAACGGAAUGCGAUUGGUUUGAGUCAGCAUUAUCGCAAUGGGCACGCAACGCAGCCGCGAAUGCGUGUGCGGCCGAUAUACUAACGCGCCUUUACGAGCUUUGUUGGGAUGCGCGUACACUCGGAGUCUUAAGUGUUUUGGUUCCCAUGCUACGGGCCAUAGAUCCAUCGCUGGUGGAAGACCUAAUGUCCCAAUGGUCCAAUCGUCUCAUUCGUGCGAUUCGUGUGAAGCCCCGCCCCGGAGGCGAUCGACGUGCGUUGAUCCGUUGCCUAAACGAUUACGUACGAGCUCUCACGCUCCUCACAAUUGCGUUCGAGAGAGUUCCGAGAGCACACCACGAGCGACCUGAUGCCAAAUUGCACCAGGCUUUAUCCUCGCAGCCAUUUCAACUGGUUCGGGAAGUCAGCACGCUCUGUGUUGCGUUGAGAAUAUCCGUGAGAACUGCGUAUGAUGAUAAUAUGCGGGAACUUUUUAGAGUAUUUGAGUGCGCCAACUUCAAGUGUCUAAGUGCGGCGUUGUUCUGCCGACAAGGGGCAUCUUCGACAUUCCGUGCUAUACUUGAUGAUGCUGUAUGGGAGCGUCUCGUUCAGACAUCCAUUUCAUUGCCCAUCGUCACACAAAGCUACGUUUCGCCCAGGCCAGUGGAGACGGCUUCGGUCCAAUCGCGCGUUUUUCUCUCUACGCUCACUGAUGACCCACUUUUGUAUGAUUUGCAUGAAGGCGUUCUUCAGACGGAAACAAGCGACGCGGAAAUGAGCGAACAAGUGGGUGCGAUAUGGGCACACGAGUGCGCGAACGUAUUAUCGAUACUCUUACGUCACAGCGUGCGUGCGUUGCCACCGGAUCUAUACCUGACACCCGUACGCGCUGCGCUUGUGACGUCACGCACGCGCCCGCUUCGAUGGCUUCUAGCGCAGGCCGUAUGUGACGUACCGUCCCUCAUAGAUACCCUACGAGACGAUCUGCUCGCUGUAGUACUGGACACAGACAAAGGCCUCAACGCAAUACAACUAUACGUACUCAGUGUGGUUAAACCCGUUCCGUUGGAUGUCGCACGAGCGACGGGGGUUCUAACUGCCCUAGUCCGGACAGCGGUGGAAUUGGAAUCGCGGUCUCCGAGGUUGCUCAUGGAUACCCUUGAUUCGUGGGCGCGCGCUCACGCGGGUUUGGUUUUACCCGACUCCUGCUAUAAGGAAUAUGUGGCAGAUUCAGGUAGGAAACGCUGGAGUUGUAUGUCGGUAAUGCGGCGUGUUUGUUCGAGCGGUGUUCGCGUGGACGGACUCGUUGGGGAUUUGGGGGCGUUGGCGGUGACGGCUGCGAACGACAUGCGUACGCUGCGCUCGUUCGGAGCGACGUUGGGGAGCGCACUGACAGCGGACGCGGAUGAGGUGUCCGAUGAGAGAGUGCACAAAGCUAUGGUGGCCGUGCGUAAGCAAGGAGGCGCCGGCGCAUACCUCACGCUCCUUGCGGCUGCUGCAUCUGUAUAUCCAGCUCUUGUUAAUGCGAACAAUGCCCGGAUCGUGACAGAUAUGGCAACGAAGAUAAUAGGCCGCGACAAACAGAAAUGUCUUCGAAUACUUUGUGCAUUUGCGAAAAACGCUAAACAUAGCGACGAACAAAUCGCGGAUAUUUUUGACUUGGUGGAGCCAACUGUCUCUUUGAGCUGUGAUCCUUUGAUUAUUGAUUUGUGUACCGCGGCCGUGCCGUACGCUCGUCAAAAAGCUCGCGAGCGCGUCGUAACGAUCGCGGAACAACUCGCUACGCCUACCACUCUCACGUCACCAAGUCUUCAACGCGCGGCCUAUUUAUUGCUCUUCGCAGAGAUAACACGGCGAGUCAAGGCUGAGCGAGAAGAGAAGAAAGAAGUUGAGCCAGCUGCAAAACGUCGCGCUGGAUGCGUUAACUCUCCAAUACUCUCGUGGUGGGAGGAUAUGGGGUGGCGCGGGGUUUUACGCCGUACAGUUUACGCAUUGGAUCAUACGGAUUCUAAUAUUGUCAAGGGUGCAAUGCAGGCACUCUCUAAUGCGCUAUCUGUUCACGAUCACUAUACACGAUUGUCUGAAAUCGUCCUCUUAUGUUGUACAUUAGAGUCUUGUGGCUUUGACGUUUUGUUACGACUCUUCUUAUCUGACGAUGAUCAGAUGAAUCAAAGAGACGUGUUAGAAUCUCUGCUGAGCGUAGCACAGGGUUCUGAGACGAUAACCUGCGCUCUAGCUGGUUCCAUAGCGCAGUCUGCAAGAGGAUCUGCUGCUGAGAGGGAGAGACUGAUUACGAUAUUAGCUGAGAACAUUGCUUGUGGGCCAGUCAUAUUGGAAUUGUUGCACGCGCUCGUACCAGCAGGGAGACAGAUGGAAUACGGCGGAACGGAAUCAGGUGGUCUUCUAAGGGAGCUAAGACGACGUGCUACCCUUACUGAUGAGGAUCAUUAUACGCUGGGGAAUAUUUCCACAGAGAAAUGCAUUCAAACAUCGGUCGAAUCGUGUUUUUCAAUCAAAGCCAUGAGCAAAUGCUUCGGGUGGUUAUGCGAGUGGGAUCGUUGGGGGGAAUGGGGCGAGAGAUCUUGUCGAGUACCGCAGCUUUGGACUGAUAAUGAUUCGUUUAGACGAGAAAUGGAGUCGUAUACAGGUGAGGUGGGCUGGCUCCAUUCAAUGUGGUCGGGGCUUGAUGCUGAUAGAGACGAAAGUGGCCUCUACCGGAUUCUCUUGGCCGCCGAUCGUUGGCCUAGAGAUGCCUUCACGUUUUCUGCUGUAUGGGAACUGGAGAUGUGGAAAGACGGUGAAUUUGUUCAGGAAUGUAAUUGGUUGGAGCACAGGGACCGAGUUUGUUUGGCACAAACUGCCGCACUCCUUAUGAUGAGGUCUCUUCGUUUGCAAUCAUCAGAAGAACAUUCUACUCAACAGGCCUCCGCUUUACACGAGAACAUGAUGAGGUGGUGUUCGCUGGUUAACACUAUUCGAGGUGCACCAGAAAAUCUACGAACUGCGUUAUUCGGAGACGUGAUUCGAGUUUGCAGUCAACUGGAGCUGGAGACAAUUGACAAUGGAAUUGAGGAGCUGGUGUCAGCGAAGCGUGGGUUGGCCAUUCUCAGGAAUAGUCCAACAGAACUGGCAGAGACGCUGGAAUUCGCCCAAGAGAAAUGGCGUGGAUUGAGUGAAAGAUCUAAGGAGCCACUUCGUUUGAUGCAACUUAUAUUAAAACUUCGAGCCGAUACUAACGGUGUAAACAGAGCAUUAGUAGAAGAGGCAAUGACAAAAAUAAAACAGACCUUAACUGCCAAAGACGAGAGUGAGACACGCCCUAUACUUGCAACUGUUGCACAACAUCUAUUCUGUUUAUUUGAGAGAACCACUGAUGUGGAAGAUCAGUACGAUAUAUUAAAUCAGAUGUAUGAGACGAUAGAGCUAAGUGAGGGAGUUCGCCAAGCGGGGUCCAUAGUAGACAUACUUCUAUCUUGUAUGCUGAGUGUGCCACAGGAAUAUCGCCCACAAGCCGUCCUAGAUAAGCUGUCACAAGCAAGUAAAGACUUGGAGGAGUACCAGCGUGAAGCAGCACAUGAAUGUGGGGUGGGAAUAGCUGAAAUGGAAAACGAAUGGGCCCCACUAUUGGCCCUAGUGAGGGACACCCAGCACGACCUAUUUCGCAUGUGUACUUUGCUCCUUCGAGCUGCAUCUUCAGAGGAUGGUGAAAGAUGGCGUGAGGCCGUUUGGAAAGCCCGGCUUGCUUAUCCACAUAAAUUCGACACCUUGUCAGAUGGAGAAAUAGCAGAGGGCGAUGUCCAAACUAUAAAAAAAGUCCAAAUAACAGCGCAAGCAGAAUUAGAUGCGCGAGGCGAUGGUGUUCUUCUGCCUUUAAUAAAUCUCAGUCCGGCACUGGCUUCUUCUGUAUCUGAAUCUCCUACACUAGCGUCUCUUCUUGGCUUGCCCCCACAUCUACGAGUAUGUCACUUCGAGCAGAAUGUAGAAGUGUUCGUAGAUAGUGCACGUAGGCCGUGCGUACUGUGCGCGCGUUUGACGAACGGGUCCGUUCGCCGUUGGCUGAUCAAAGCUGAAUCGCCAAGAGCUGAUCGAGCCGCUUUCGCCGUGGCUCGUGCUUUACGUCGUUUGCAUCCGUUAAGGGCAGAAUAUGUCGUCAGUUAUGUUGUCCGAGCACUGGCUUCAGACUGCUCCCUUAUGGAGUUCCUGGAGGACCACCAGCGUCUAGACGCGCUCGCUUCGAACAAUUCAGCGCUAGCUCUACGCGAAGCGAUGCGCAAGCGCAGUGCAACCGCUCAACAGUUUCUGGAGCAACAGAGAAGAUUUACCGAAACUGUAGCAGCCAGUACUGUGCUGACUGCGCUCUUGGGAGUUGGCGAUCGGCAUCCGCAGAAUUUACUCGUGAGCGUACAAGGGGCGUUGGUGCACGUGGAUUGGGCGUGCUCGCCCCGACAUGAUAUGCUGGCCAGUGAACCGACUCCGGCUCGACUCACGCGUAAUAUGAUAGCCUUAGCUACUCCUGGACUAGAAAGUCUUAUAAUGGAAUGGAGUGAAGUGAUUCGGGAAUACGCCCCUGAAGUGAUAGCUAUUUUGCGGGUAGUCUAUCGAUACUUACCGGACUCUCAACUUUAUAAGUUGGAAAUGAUGGAGCAGCUGGUGCGUGGUCAGCGUGUCAGCCAUCAGCUGUCGUUGCAGCAGUUACAGCAUCAGCAAAAGCGAUGCGCCUCUCUCGAACUCGUUCUCGCUGAUCUAUUCCAAGACUUUCCUGACAAGGAAUCAUAUUCGGUACAAGAGCAGGUAUCUAGUCUUCUGCGCAUGAGCACAGAGCCCCGAGUAUUGGCACUCACGAGACCAACUUGGCAACCAAAUAUGUGAUUCUUUG